AUGAGUCUGGAUACCCAUGCAGACUCCCAGUCGGUGCAUAUACCACAUGAUGAAGACAGCUGUGAGGCCAACACGAGCUUGCUUGCCAAUGAUGUUUUGGUGACGAGUACUAAUCCGGCACAAGCACAACAAGUAAACGUUGAUUCAAUCAAGAAUCAUUCAUUGGAAGACACACAUAUUGAUGACACUAAUACGGGGGAGAAACAUCAAGAACAUCACGAGGAUCUACAACUGCUAACUCAGAUACUUGCUUCGCAUCACAAUCGGAACAAUUACUCACAAGAUACACAAAUUAUAAAUGAUGAUCAUGAAAUCAUAUCAAUGGACAUUGAAGGAAACUCGACUCAAAAAAGCAAAACAGACUACACGAAUAUCAAUAAUUUUGAACAAAUUGAAAUCCAAGAGCAAGAGAGUGAUCAGACACCGACACAACUAAACUUUAACGCGUUGGCGGAUACCCAAGUCAUAUCCGGUGACAAUGCUACUUCACGCGAACAUACAAUAUGGUAUCGAUUAAGUGAUUUGAAAGAUACACAGGUUAUAACUGGUAAACCUCGUAACACGCCUGAACAUCUACCCGAGACCCAACUAAUAAACAAUCAAUCCAGGAGUCGAUACAACGAGCUCGGAGAGACUCAAGUUAUCAUUCGACGUCGACAUCAAAAUCUACCAGACACACAAGUUAUCAGCUACGAUCACUAUCUACCGCAUGACGAGAGUUCCGAAUUACUUGAAGAUAAUCAUGAGAAAAUUGACGAACAAAAGGAUAGUACCUUCAAAAACUGGAACGUUUCCGCUAAUUCCAAGAAAAGACUGUACGUAAAUCUUCCUGAAACCCAAGUUAUUACCAAGCCCAAGCUGUAUUCACCAGAAGGCGAUGUAACUGAGAGUGACGUCGAAAACCCAUUUCUUGUUGCUGAAUCACAGCCCGCUCAGUGUGAGGGAAAUAAUUUGCAACAAGUUUCUCACAGACAAGUCAUCAAUACACAAGAUGAACUAGAUACUUCGUUAUUUCUACUGAAGCCAAAUACACUUGAAGUACAAACUGAUGAAGAGAAAGAUGCUUCACACAUUAAGGAUGAUGAUAGUAAUGAAGCAGUGGUUCUGAACGAUUCCAAAGAUCUAAUCGAUCAUGAAUCCAAUCGCCAAAAGCAUCGACUCACACAUAGUCCCAUCAAGAUAAAACGAAGCAAGACUGCAAACAUCGAUAAAUAUGCAGACGACUACAAAAACCAACACUUGGUUGCCACUCCUGGUGAUCGUACUCGUUUGCGAAAUCAUUCUGAACCAUUGGUGUUCGCAUCACCUUUUGAUAAAACUUUUUCAACAUCGUCUUCUUCGCCGAGUAAGAGACUCGCUGAUCAGCUGAUUCGCACGGACGGGGAUCAAACUCAUGUUGAUAUAACCGCCGAAGGAGAAGACGAGGUAAAGGUGGAAAAUGAAGAGUUAAAAAGUGAUUCGCAAAGUGUUUUGGACGAUGUGUCGACGCGACAUAUUUCUCCACCUAGUUCCCCUGAUGGAAUCAAUUCGAUGAGCUUGAGUGAAAGUGAAGAGGAAGAUAACGAGCUUGAUGCCGACUACAUAGUCACAGACAAUGACAAUUAUGGUGAGGUUAGUAUUGCUGAGAAAACUGCGUCCGACGAGAGAAGAAUUGUACCGAAACGAAGAGUAAAUAAUAUUGUUGACUCACAGACCCCUUCUUGUGAUAACAUUUUGCCAACACAAGAUGACGAAUACACCAUUAGAGGCAUUCUACGAAAGGAGAAGUCAAACGUAAUUUAUGAAGAGGAUGUUGUUUCUAAAGACAGCGUUUGGGCUACUUACAACUUGAAAAUGUACAGUGGACACAUUAAUGCAAGAUAUGGUGACUACUCAAUUGUUGAUUUUGAUCAAGAAUCAUCACGCAUCAAAAAUGAAGACCUAAAUCCUUUGGACAUCAGAAUUGGUGAUACAUUGAACGUGAAGGGAAAAAGGUUCAAAUGUGUUGUCACCGGGCUAUCUAUUACAGAACCACUAAGUCGAAUAAGAUGCAUCAGGGGGUAUAAUUUAGUGUAUUUCAAGAGAAACUCAAAAGCUCGUAAAUUAACCGAAAACAAUGAAUUCGUGGCUCCCAUAUCGGAAUGCUCAAUGGAAUUGGGAGAUUGGGUUAUGCAUCAACAAAAGUUUCAAAUCAAGCGAAGGAGCAAAGGGGACUUUGAUGGUACUGGGGCUGAAUUCUUGUCAAUACCAAAUUUACCUAUACAUCCUACCACAAGUGAAGUAAACUUGACAUGCCCAUCAACACCAUCAAAACUAUUUCGACAUUCAACAAUGACACGUCCACUUAGCCCAUCACCAAAAAAGGGUGUCAUUCAAACUUCACAUCUUUUCGCUAAUAGAUUAUUUUGCAUUACAAAUAUUGAUGACCCAAGAAAGCACAUUCUUAAGAACCUAAUCGAAUCCAACGGUGGGACCUAUGUGGAUACCAAUUUGAUGGAUCUUUUCCAGUACACGCAACGCCCACAAACUGAAGGUGGUGGACUUUACCUCAAAUCAUCGUAUUCUAUAACCAAUGAAUUGAUAUUUGCUGCUUUGAUAUCGAAUAAUUACUGUCGAAGUUCAAAAUACUUGCAAGCUUUAGCUUUAGGCUGGCCCAUUUUAUCUGAUUGCUAUAUUGAUGACGUGGUCAAUGGCAUGAUUGAUUUAGAGCAAUGGCCAGCGUAUUGUUUACCAGCAGGACAAUCAACCAAGUUGAAUGCAGUGGCCAAUUGUGAUUUGUUCAAGUUUCGUAAAAAUUACGAAUUGGGAAAGUGUUUGGAUUUUCAAAUGGAUUUGCAUAGUGACUUGUUGUCCAAUUACAAUGUUGUAAUCAUGUCGCUGAGCUUGAAUGAAGCCAACAAGAGAAGUACUAUUGAAAUGGAUACUUGCAAGUUUAUAUUUCAUGCCUUUGGAGCGAGAUCAUUACAUUAUGCUGAACUAAACACUGAAGAUGAUGGUGAUGUUGGUGACGAAUUUUCAAACUUGGUCAGAAGAAUGCAUGCUGAAGAUGACGGUAAUAUAUUGGUUUGUGAUUAUAGGAAUAAUCAAAUUUCCGACCUGUUAUAUUCAAUCGUUGAUGGGUCAAAGAGUUUUUCGGAUAAAUCGAAAAAGAGACACAGGAGUAAAUUAAAGGGACGAAAUGACAGUAUCGAUUUCAAAAUUGUCGAUUGGGAAUGGGUUGUCCAAUGCGUGAUUUCAGGACAUAUUUGGCAACCUUCAAUGACGAUAUAG